ACAAUCGAACCGUACAUUAUGAAUGGAGUAAAACAUUCCUCAUUGUCAUCGAACACCGAACCGGCGAAUGAACUCUGAAGAAUGAAGGUCUCGACAGACGGAAUACGAAUCGGAAGCGUCGUCUGACGUCCGGAACAAAUCCGCACAUGUGCAUAUGCGGGUGUGCAGAAUAGUGGGGACAUGCUUAAUGGUACCUAAUGCGCUCAUGUUAAUCGCGCUGGAGGCGAAACAGGAGGAGGUCGCGCCGUUUUCAAAGAACGAAACGUCGAGGGAUCAGACGAAGGCGGGACGUGGAAGGGCGCGAAAGUCUCUCGGCGGUGGUCGGUUUUAUUGAUUGAACGUGAAAGCGAGCGCCGAACCGCGCAAGCUCGUCAUCCGCCCUGAAUGAAGUGACGUGCUCCUCGCAUAUGGAGACGCGAAUAGAGCGACGAUAGGAUCGUCGUACAUCUUGUGUGCGGACAGCAGCCUCGGCAGCCGACCAGCAGCAGUGACGACGACUACCACGAGAGGAUGCUCCUUCGGUGGAGCUGCACUUGGCUGACGCUGCCGCUCCUGCUGAGCCUGUCCACCGGCGAGCUCAGCUUCUAUCGGGAUGCGCUCCCGGAAACGCCGGAGGACAUCGCGCUGAAGCAGCUGGCCCGCUACCUGGAGGCGCAGCAGCGAUUCCAGCAGCGUCUUCAUCGCUCGCAUCUGGCCACGUUCCUGUCGCCCGUGCACAAAAAGCACAGCGAUCAGCAGCUGGAUCAUCAGGAGGAGCGUAGAAUCGAGUUUCUAAAGGCCACCCAGGAGAGCAGGCUGAAUCGGAAAUUAAGAACGUUUCUGGAUCACCUAUACCAGUCGUCCCACUAUCACGCGCAGAACCGGGAUCGGAAUUCGGGAUACUUUUACAAUCAGCGUCACAAUUAUCCCGAGGAGAAGGAGCCGGACGAGACGGACAAUAAUGACGGUCCAGUCUUCUCCAAGGAUCUCGAAUUUAAACAGAUCUUUGAUGUGGAUAGCGGGGGAGCAAUGAGGGAUGAAUCUGUCGUGGGCACUUUUCAUGACAAAUAUAUGGAUCACCAUCACGGGAGUGGAAUAGAAUCAGCGGCAGAGGCGAUGGAGCCGGAGUUUACGUAUAAGUUUGACGAUUCGAACCUCCAGGAGAAACAUCCGUUUGCGGUGAGGCCAAACGAUCCCAGAUACUACAAUGAGCCGUUAUCAUCGGACGAUACAAAUCGGAAGGACCCGUUGAGUACUUGGGAAGAGGAGGAGGAAGAGGAUAAUAAGGAGCUAAGGUUUGCAAAGCACGAGGACGACACGCGAAAUUUCGACCAAAAGGCACCAGAGGAAUUGAUUGUAAGACUUAAUACACCGACUCGACCGGAAAGAACCGGAUAUAAUCCAUUGAUGGUGCCCAUGAAACAUGAUUUAAACAAUGACAUUUAUUUUAUCGCCAUAGUUGCCGGUUGCAGCGCAGCAGCGAUGUUUGCUCUGGUAUUGAUCAGUUUAACGUGGUGCAGAUUGCAACGCGGUGCGAAAGCUGCAGCAGACAUAGAGUAUCCUGCUUACGGCGUAACAGGACCGAACAAGGAUGUGUCGCCUUCCGGUGACCAGAGGCUCGCCCAAUCCGCCCAAAUGUAUCAUUUUCAACAUCAGAAGCAACAAAUUAUUGCCAUGGAAAAUCGCACUUCUGCAACGAGAGACCCGGGUUCCCUCUCAGAAGCGGAGAGCGACGAGGAAAACGAGGAGGGUGACUACACCGUUUAUGAGUGUCCGGGACUUGCUUCUACGGGCGAGAUGGAGGUGAAGAAUCCGAUGUUCCACGAUGAUCCUACCCCGGCGACGCCGGCGCAAAGUAACAACACAGAAGAGGACCACAUAUAGUUUCAGUAAAGUAGAAAAAGAGAUAAAAUCAACUACACGCGCGCGCAAUUUCGAAGAAAUCUUCCCUGGUGCUUAGCUCACUGUUAAUGUACCAUAUCGGAAAAUGUUUAUCUAUUAUUAUAUUUGAGUGUAUACACAACUUUAAUAUUUAUAUACGGUGCGGGAGGCAAUGUGUUUUACGGGAGAGGAAGAAGAGAUGUGACGAAUUCGAUAUUAGAAUGACCGAUAUUCGCGGCCCUUCGUUCCAGAAGUAAAAUAACACCUAUUUAACGUUUACCUAUGUUAGUAUGUGAAAUCGGAGCAACACAGUCGACGAAGAUAUGCGUGAGCGAUUUUAUGCGGGUAGAUUUAGUAAGCUGUUUUAAAUGGCAGUCGAUCAAAUGGAAACGUUUCUUUUUCAAGGAAAAAUGUAAUCCUAAAAAACUAGUUUUUUUUUUCAAGUAAUUAUAUUUCGAACGAAAAAAAAAUUGUAUAGUCUUUUUUUCUGAAUCGUGAUAUAUCGGUUCUUCUAGCAUCGAAAAACAUUAGUAAAUUGUCGACAGGGCUUUGAUAAGUUAAGGUAACGAGAAUUCUCUGAAGAGGACGACGAAAAAUUUAAUUGACGUGCAAAGCCGCUCGUCUAUCCGAGAACACCCAACUGUUUUCUAACGUCGCGACGUACUAUAGUUUGUACUUUCAUAGCAGGAACAGAGUUACCGUAUGAUCGUCGUAUUAUUUUUCUAUGACUCCGUCAUCCGUGGCUCACGCAGCUCGAACAUUCCUGAUGGACAUCUUCCUCUGGAUGGGUGUUCGACAGAAAACGUCCGGAAUAUGCGGGUAUGCGUGUUGCAACGGUGUACAAAGUCUAUUCUUCGAGACUGUACUAUACUCCUUUGAAAGUAAAGAACGAAAAAACAAUGA